AUGGGCAAGACACUGGCUUACUAUGCCUCCAUCGUGGUCUACAACGUCUACUUCCACCCCCUCGCCGCCUUCCCCGGCCCGCGCCUCGCCGCCGCGACGCCGUGGUGGAUGAUCUCGUCCUACCUCGGCGGCCGGACCCCGCGCGAUCUCCUGGAGCUGCACAACCGGUACGGCCCCGUCGUGCGGACGGCGCCCGACGCGCUGUCGUACAUCGGCGCCCCGCAGUGGAAGGAGAUCUACGGGCACAAGCCGCCCGGCCAGCCCGAGUUCCCCAAGGACCGCAAGUACUUUGCGGGGCUCGAAGGUGAGCCCGUUAUUAUCAACGCGGACCGGGACCACCACGGCUACGUCAGGCGGCUGGUCGCCCACGGCUUCUCGGAAAAGGCCAUGAGGGAGCAGGAAGCAAUCCUGAAGGGGUACGUUGACGUGCUGUUUCGGAAACUGGAGGAGGAGAGCGAGAGCGGGCAGAGGGCGGUGGACGUGUCGAAGUGGUUCAACUUCAUCACGUUUGACUUUAUCGGGUUCCUCACCUUUGGUGAGUCGUUCGAAUGCCUCACCACGUCGACGCUCCACACCUGGAUCGAGAUCUUCUUCUCCUUUGCGAGGUUCAUGUCGUUCCAUCAGGUCAUCUCCCGCCUGCCCGGGCCCAUCCGGCUGCCCGCCACGCUGUGGACGAUGCCCAAAACCAUCGCCUCGGACGUCCAGACCCUGAAGCAGCUGCAGAGCGAAAAGGUGAAGCACCGUCUCCGGACCGAGGCAUCCGUGCCGGACUUUAUGGAGAAGCUUGUCUCGGCCUACAAUGAUGGCAAGAUGUCGUACGGGCAACUUGAGGGCAACUUCCAGAUUCUCAUUGUCGCCGGAAGUGAGACCACAUCUACGCUGUUAUCAGGGCUCACUUACCUGCUCCUCCAAAACCCUCGCGUCCUCGCCAAGCUCACGACGGAGAUCCGCACGACCUUCGCCCACCCAUCCGAAAUCACCUUCACCGGCGUCAACACGUGCAAGUACCUCCUCGCCUGCAUCGAGGAGGCCCUGCGCGUAUACCCACCCUCGCCGCAGCCGCACCACCGCAUCGUGCCCGCGGGCGGCGCCACCGUCGCCGGCAUGCACCUCCCGGCCGGCGUCUCCGUCAGCAUCCCCAUCUACGCGGCGUCCCACAGCCCCGCCAACUGGACGCUGCCGGAGGAGUUCGCGCCGGAGCGGUGGACGGGGGAGGACGCGCGGUUCGCGGACGACCGGCGGGAGGCGGCGCAGCCGUUCCAGUUCGGGCCGCGCAACUGCGUCGGGAGGAACCUGGCGUACGCCGAGGUCAAGCUGAUCGUGGCGCGGCUGGUGUGGCAGUUCGACUUGGAGAACGCGACGGAGGGGGACUGGAUGGGGGCGCAGAAGGUGUACAUGGUCUGGGAGAAGACGCCGUUGUGGGUGAAGCUGCACCCCGUGCCGAGGUGA